UAACACGCGGGAAGGUUGUUGGGAAGCGAUGUUUUGCUCCAACAGCACGGUCUAACGGUCUAAGGCCGUUCAAAAUACUGUCCACGUUGGCAGGGUGGAGGGAAUAUCUUUUCGGGCACGAGCGAAAAGCAGGGGUGUAUCAGGGGGACACCCCUGUUUUAUGGGUCGACCGCCUCCAGUAUUUCUAACCAUUUGCACAUACCAAAUUCGUCCGUGCUGUGGAAUUUUAUUUAUUUGUUUAUUUAUUUUUCCUUUUUGGUGCCGCUCAGAGGCCUAUAACAUUAACGUUUCUUUUUGUUUAAUCGCUAUUUUAUUUUAUUUAAAUUUUCCGGCUAGAGGCAUGGAGGACUCCCGGCAGCUGCGGAGAGCAGUAGUGGAUGCUAUGGCCGGAGCUAUUGCCGGCGGCGUGUCGCGGACGAUCACCUCGCCUCUUGAUGUAAUCAAGAUUCGAUUUCAGGUUCAACUUGAGCCAACAGCUGCUCGUCUUUUAUCAGACAGGGGUGCUUAUGGAAUCUCCAAGUAUACCAGUAUUUUACAAGCUACAAGAGACAUUUUAAGAGAGGAGGGGAUGCUGGGACUGUGGAGGGGUAAUGUCCCAGCACUUCUGAUGGUAAUGCCCUAUACAGCAAUACAGUUUGCUUUUCUACACAAAUUCAAGUCAUUUGUGGCAGGAUCCACCAAGUCAGAAGAUCAUCUUCGAUUAAGUCCAUAUUUGUCUUAUGUGAGUGGGGCACUAGCAGGAUGUGCAGCAACCAUUGGAUCAUAUCCAUUUGAUCUUUUACGCACAAUACUAGCAUCACAGGGUGAACCAAAGGUCUAUCCAAACUUGCGAACUGCUUUCAAGGAAAUUGUACAAACAAGAGGCAUGCGGGGAUUAUAUGCUGGAUUAUCGCCAACAUUGGUAGAAAUUGUACCUUAUGCCGGUCUCCAGUUUGGUUCUUAUGAUACAUUCAAGCGUUGGAUAAAGGAAUGGAAUCAGGCCCAUACAAUGCAUAAUAGCAACGAGAGUGAGGACAAUCUAUCAAGUUUACAGCUCUUUCUUUGUGGGCUUGCUGCUGGUACAGUUGCAAAAGUUGUGUGUCAUCCGUUGGAUGUAGUGAAGAAGAGAUUUCAGGUUGAAGGACUCAGAAGGCAUCCCAGAUAUGGUGCAUCAGUUGAAGAAAAGACAUAUAAGGGUAUGUGGGAUGCCUUAAGAAGAAUAAUGCAAGCUGAAGGUUUAGCGGGGCUUUAUAAAGGGAUUGUACCAUCUGUGAUCAAAGCAGCUCCUGCCGGAGCUGUAACAUUUGUAGUUUAUGAAUAUACUUCUGAUUGGCUUGACUCCAUUAUAAAGUAAAAUUUGCAGUAAUUCAUUGAACAGGUCAAUUGUGUAAGAAGAUUGAUGCACACUGAGCUAAAAUUCAGAGGUUUUUUGGCUCAAAAAUUCAGUUGCAUGAUUUUACUUGACAUUUUUUUGUCAUCUUCGUGACAUCACUAACGUCAACAAAUUCAAUUUUUUACUUCAUCGGACUUCAUAAAUCUGACUGUGCUUGAAUAAAAGCCGAGGCUGGAUGAUUGAAGCUAUGGGAUGGCACAUUGGAAUCAUACUUGAAGACAACAAUAAUCUUGAGUGGUGGAUGUAUGCAUGAAAUUUUUCUCAAGAAUCUAGCAGCCUCUGUAAAUUUCUAGAUGAAACCAGAAUUCUUUUUUUGUACGGAGUAAUAUAAGGAUAACCUCCUAAGGUUUCACGUACUGAAAAGUUACAAAUUUUUAUCAUCAUAUUCAAAAGUUGUUGAAACUGAGAGUAUAAAUGGCAAGGAUUGUAGUUUACAAAAAGUUAUUUGAAACUAUUUGUUAAACAAAAUCAAGUCAUUUGGACUUAAUUAUGGCCAUUGUAUCUAUUCCUGAUGACAGGGAAAUAACGUGGUUGGGUUCAACUGCAAGCUUCAUACUAACCAAUCUGGUCUAAUCUAGUAUAACAUUUUUUUAAUAUCUGAUGAAGUUAUUAAAAACACAGGUAGCAUCAUCGAAUGCCCUCAAAACAUGUAAUCAAACUCUUAAAGUGGAAGCACAGACCUGUUUAAGGACUUUUA